CAGCGGUCAUUCCCACAACCACACAAACCUCACAGAGAAACUCAACUCUGAACAACGGCGAAAAUGAGGAGAAUUUGGACACAUUUCCCACGUAAAAGCCCUUCCGAUCGCACAAAACAGCCCCUAAUUCGUCUUUUUAAGGUGUGCUAAAUAACGCUUUUGUGUUCAGAGUUCCAGAUGAGCCGUCGAAAAUGCCAAAAACAUUCAAUGUUUGUAUUUCUACCAUGGACGCUGAGCUGGAGUUUCCUUUGGAGCAAUCCGCCAAGGGAAGCGAGCUCUUUGAUCUCGUGGUGCGAACUCUCGGAGUGAGGGAAACCUGGUAUUUUGGUCUUCAAUUUGAGUACCCGACUGGUGAACUAGCUUGGCUUCAGUUCGACAAAAAGGUGUAUAAACAAAACAAGACUUUGAAGGAACCAUUUGCACUGAGACUCAGAGCUAAGUUCUACCCUGAAGAUGUAGCAGAGGAACUUGUCCAAGAGAUAACCCAGCAUUUGUUCUACUUGCAAGUGAAGGAUGCCAUUCUCACAAUGAAGACAUUUUGCCCUCCUGAGGCUUCUGUACUGCUUGCAUCCUAUGCUGUACAAGCAAAGUUUGGUGAUUAUGAUAAGGACCUUCAUAAGCCUGGAUUCCUCCAGAAUGAGCACCUUCUUCCACAGACGGUAAUAGAACAGUACCAGAUGACGCCAGCCAUGUGGGAGGAAAGGAUAACCUCAUGGUAUGCUGAGCACCAUGGACUCACAAGGGAUGAAGCAGAAAUGGAAUACCUCAAGUUGGCUCAGGACCUGGAGAUGUAUGGCGUAAGCUACUUCGACAUCACAAAUAAAAAAGGAACAGCAAUUAGCCUUGGAAUUGAUUGUAGAGGAUUGAAUAUUUAUGAGAAAGAUAACAGACUCAACCCCAAAACAUCAUUUCCAUGGAAAGAAAUAAAGAAUAUCUCCUUCCAUAGUAGAACAUUUGUUAUCAAAUCAAUAGAUAAGCAAGCUCCAGAUUUUAUUUUUAAGACAGGAAAUCCGCGAACAAAUAAAGUUAUAUUAGAAUUGUGCCUUGGAAACCAUGAAUUAUUUAAAAGACGUAGAAAACCAGACACCAUGGAGAUUCAGCAAAUGAAGGCUUUGGCAAAAGAGGAGAAAAUGAGGCGACAGAUUGAGCGAAACAAGCUGUUGGUUGAGCAGCAAGCUCGUGAAGAGGCAAUUCGGCAAAAGGAGGAAUUGCAAGCUAGACUGCAGGAACUACAGAAUGAAGCAGAUAGCUGCAGAGAAGCACUGAUGCGCUCGGAAGAGACAGCAGAGUUACUAGCAGAGAAAGCACGAGUCGCUGAAGAGGAGGCGACUCUGCUGCAGCGGAAAGCGACAGAUGCAGAAGAAGAGCUCAGAAGGUUAAGAUUAAGCGCCAGUAAGAGCGAGGAAGAAAAGAGCAUUCUAGAAAGGCGAGCCCGUGAGGCUGAUGAACUGUUCAGAAGAGUCUUUCAAGAAUCUGAGGCUAGAGGCAGAGAAAACUUACUGAAUGCUAAACAUACAGAGAAAAAAGCUGUGCAGAAACUGGCGGAGCUUUCAUCAUCUUCUAACAACCUACCAUCCUAUAACAGUAUAGCACAAGAAAAAAAACCUGACGCAAAUCGAAGCUAUUUAUAUGAUUACAAAACAGAAGCCGAGAAUCUGAGACUCGUCAAAGACAGUGAAAAAGAAAGAUAUGAUCAAUAUGUGGGUCAUCGCCGAAGUCAACAGCUGCAGAUGCACCUUAAAGACUUGGAGGACAUGAGAAUUAGAGAUAGGCAAUCUAGUUGGGAUGGUAUCCACGAAGACAAUCAAAAGCGAGGCGAGACAAAGUACUCUACCCUACAAAAGAUCACAACAGGAUCUUCGAAAGCAAGAAUUGAGUUCUUCGAGGAACUGUGAUGGACCUGUGUGCGGUACGGUCCAUUUUAAAUGUCAGUGGUAUCUAAAGGAAGUUUUAAUCAGCGUUCGCAAAGCCAAGGUUCAGUCGCCAUUUUAAAGAAAUCCCCGAAAAACUCAGGAGGCGAGUUUCAACUGUUUCCUGAGAAACAGAGACAGAGCUGUAGUAGGCCUGAAAAUAAUGGAAGGGGCACAAUACAGAAGCAAGAAAACAAUGGGGGGGCACAGCCACGCCCCUACUGGUCAUUUCCUUAUAAUUCCUCUAGAAUAUUGGGGGUUGGGCACGUGCCCCCAGUGCCGCACCCCCUGCUAUGGCCCUGUGUGAAUAGGAUCUAUUGGACCUAAGUACUCAAAGGCUUUUCCGAGUGGUCUUCAAAGGUUUAUAGACUUUAACAAUUAUAAAUUAAAACGAUCUAACCCAGGUUAACAGGGCGCAUCUGUAUAAAUGUAAAUUUUUAAGAUUUGAUGUGAAUUCUGUCCAAAACGACAUUAAAUCGUAAAACCACCUUCUUCAACUUGUCUAGUUUAACUUGAUUCCCGAUCGCAGGGUAAGUUUCCGUAUACAUUUCCUGCAAUACAAAAUGACCCCGUAGGUACGCGCCUGCAGAAGUUUAUGAAAAUAAGACAAUGGGCUGUUAGAGACUCCACACAAGUCAAGAAGAACACUUGGUUCGGGUAUCCAAUUUUUUUUUUCAGACAUAUUAAAGACGCAUUUUAAGGUAAUAAGUUUGCACUUAUCGAAAAUAUCAACAUCUCCUGAGUAAGUCGCUAUGCGUACAAUCCAUGGGAACACGGAAGAAGCUUGAAAAACACAGAUUCAGCGAACUGUACAUACAAACUUUUAUAGCCAAAUUCUUUGUUGCGCGACCUCCCAGAAUCCAAAAUUCCUUUCUUCCUUUGGAAAUAGCGCGUUAGUCAAUCAAACCAAACAAUCAAAACCAGACAAAUUGCCCUCAAAGCUUUUGUCUAAUUACGCGCGCUCUAUUCCCAAACGAGACGGAUUUUGGAUUCGCCGUGGUAGCGCAACAACGAGUUUAGCUGUAAUCAGUGAUUAUAACCCAUACAUACAAACUUUUAUAGCCAAAUUCUUUGUUGCGCGACCUCCCAGAAUCCAAAAUUCCUUUCUUCCUUUGGAAAUAGCGCGUUAGUCAAUCAAACCAAACAAUCAAAACCAGACAAAUUGCCCUCAAAGCUUUUGUCUAAUUACGCGCGCUCUAUUCCCAAACGAGACGGAUUUUGGAUUCGCCGUGGUAGCGCAACAACGAGUUUAGCUGUGAUUAUAACCCAAUUUAUAACCUUUUUACCCGAUUUGUUUUAGUUUGGGUGCUUCAAGCUGGAAAUGUCUUAACCAUAAAACCAACGGAGGGUCUAAACUCAAGAAUUAAAGCUUUUUUUCUAAGUCAGGAUUUUUAUAGACCUGCUACCACUCCCACCCCCCAACAAAAAAUUAACAAACGCUUAAAACAAAGUUUAUUCAGAAUCUCUGCGUUAAUUUCUAGUGCUGAACGUCAAUGAAAUGUACAAGAAAUAAGUAAA